AUGGGGGAGGAGACCGUCGCGGAGCUGCGGGUCCCGCACGUUGACGACGCCGUCAAGCGCGUGUCGGCGCUCGAUGUCGCCGGCGACGACGGUGAGAGGGCCGACCUCGCGCCCGCCGACGAGGAGGCCGCGGGAAACACGGGCACGAUCGACGACGUCAAGGGCGGCGACGUCAAGGCGAGAGCCGUGGCGCUGAUCGACGACGAUCGCCUGCUCCAGGCCGCGCGCCUCCUCCGCGCGCACGACGUUCACGUCCCGAUAAUCGACCCGCGCGAUGCCGCCGACGUCAAGCUCAACGCGUUCAUCCCGAAGGCGGCGGUCAUGGGAGACCUCAUCGAGUCGCUCAAGGCUGAUCCCAGGGGACCGGGCACCGAGUGGAUCGUCCAGUGCGAGCACAGCGGGAGACGCGACGUGAGCAUCUACUAUCGCAUGGACAAGGAGACGCAGACGAAGCUCACGGCGAGGAUCGAGUCCCCGAUCCGCAAGGACAUGCUCGUCCCUUUCCUCUCCGUGCUCAACGAGAGCGAGCUGUACAAGAGCUGGCUGCCCAACUGGACGAUGCCGCGGCUGCGAGUGCGCCGGAGCGACAAGCUGUCGCAGACGGGCCGAUGCAGCCAGGUGGUGCUCGUGACGGUCGAUCUUCCAUGGCCGUUUUCGAGCAGGGAGUGCGUGUUGGACGCGUGGGGCGUGGACGACAUCGACGCCAGCGGCGACAUAUGCGUCCUGGUGGACUCAAUGACCCCGGGCCAAACGAUGCGAUGUGGAACAAUCGUCCCCGACGUGGACGAGAAGAGCAUCGUCCGAAUAGACUUUACCGGAGGCUUCCUGUUUCGGAAGCUGCCCGACGGGUGGGACGCGAAGAGGGACGCGACGAGGGCGGCGUCCUCGUGGUUCGGGACCGCGAGUGGUGGUGCCGGGAGUGAUGUUCCGGAGUCCACGGGGCCGGAGUCGCGUAGAGCUUCGUUCGACUCGGCGCACUCGGACGACGACACAGCUGGCGGGAUUGACGGGACGCAGCCGUGUACAGACGACCGGAUCCUGGUCUCGGUGCAGAUGUACAUGGACCCGAAACUCGCGUACGUGCCGACGUCGCUGCUGAACUUCGUCAUCCGCACCGUGAUGUACACGAUGUGGUGCAUGCUCCUGCGGGUGGCGGAGAAGGUGAGGGACGGUCGGAGCGAGCCCCAUCGCGCAUCCAUCGCGGCCAAGGCUGGGGAGCUGUACGACUGGGUGCGGGAGAGAACCGGGGCGAUGCUGGCGAGGAUCUUCGCGCCUCAGCCGGUGGCGUAGCGCGUAGAGCGGGUCGUUAUUCGUUAAUAUCUCAGCGUCAUCGACGAG